AUGGGACAUUCUUACUCAAAAGGCGCGAUGAUAGCCAUCGCUCUGAAUUUUCUACUCAUUUCGGUCGUCUUCAUUUGCUUACGUUUGUGGGCGAAGAUAUUGGCUAAACGAAUUGCUUUGGAUGACUACUUGGCAAUUGCUGCGCUUGCAGUCUCUGUAACAUGUUGUUCACUGCAGCUAGCUGCAGCGAUACAUGGCCACCUAGGAGCGCAUCAGCCUCUCGAUGCAGAUGGUCAUCCAAUCCUGGAUGAUCCAGGGCUCAUAUUCUUCGAGCAGACAAAGUUUGCCCUCAACAUGAUCUCCAUAGUAGGACUUGGGCUCAUCAAGUCCUCCAUCCUGGUCAUGUACAAGAACAUCUUCAGUGUCGGAAAGUAUCGCCUAAUUAUCUAUGGCGUACUCGCAUUCGUAGUGGGCUGGACGAUCAGCUUCACUGUGAGCCAUCUCUUCACAUGUUAUCCAAUCACAGUAUUCAUCGAGCCGUGGUUUGGCAACGAGUGUGUUGACACCAUACCCAUGUUCAUAGCAUUACUGUGUACCGAUGCUCUAGUAGAUCUCGUCAUUCUCAUUCUCCCCAUACCCAUCAUCAUGAACUUGCAGCUCAGGACAGAGAAGAAGCUGGCUGUAAUAGGUAUAUUCACACUAGGUGCUGCCGUAUGUGCCGUCAGCAUCACCCGCGUGAUAGCCACCUACGCCAUCGCCCAGGAAUACGUCAAAUACCCCAACGACGUGAUAUACUACACCGCGCCCGUCUUCUUCUGGACAAACAUCGAGCUCUCCCUAGCCAUAGUGUGCGCUUGCCUACCAACACUACGGCCCAUAUGGUUCCAUUUCUACCCCCGCGAUAAAUCCACCAUUGAUUACACUGCAUCCGGAUCGGGGCUCACGGGGUCGAAGCGUAUGAGCUUCGGCGCGAAAUACGGCGGCAUGGGCUACAAGCCGAACCAAGAAACCGACGAGGUGGAACUGACACGUUAUGAUGAUGAUGAGUCGUCUCACUCUCAACAUGAUCCCUCGUUGCGCGCGGAACAGGGGAUCAUGAAGAUUGUUACGGUUCGGCAGUCGAUAGCUUGA